AUGCAUACUGCAAAAUCCGAAAGUAAAGAUGAGGAAGAGAUAAAUUUCCUAACACCUACAUCUGGCCAGAGCUUCAAGGAUCCUAGUAAUGCUGCACAUAAAGAAGCUAAGAAAACUGUGCUGUUAAAUGCAGAGGAAACAAUACCACGGAAAAAAAAGAAGAUAUAUUUUUCUUGUCCUCCACAAGGAGUAUUAAAUAAAAUAAUGACAAAUGGAGUUAUAUUGUUUAUGAGUUGGUGUAUACUCUUGGUAUUUUUAGGCCCUAACGUGCUCCCUGAAGGAAAUUUAUUUGGACUAGUAAUUAUUUUUUAUGGUGCCUUCCUUGGGGGGAUACUUUUACAAUUCAUUAGAAUACCUACAGUGCCCCCACUUCCACCUCUUCUUGGUAAGUAUAGAAUGAGCUCUUUUUUCUUUGUUGUUGACUAUUUGUAUAUUUUGAACACAAAAGCUGAUUACCCCAGAGACACUGUACUUCAGCAUGCUUAGGUGGCUUUCCUGCUGUGUGUGUGACUCUGUCCUCAGGCUCUACGGCAAAUGAAGAAAGUCUGCUUCCGGCUGUCUUUUGGUCCCUGUAUCAUGGAGGCGUGCAGUGCUGCUGUUUUUUCCCACUUCAUCUUGGAUUUCCCUUGGCAGUGGGGGUUUCUAUUAGGGUUUGUCCUAGGUGCAGUCUCCCCUGCAGUUGUGGUCCCAUCCAUGCUACGCUUGCAGGAGGCAGGGUACGGCAUAGAGAAGGGCAUCCCCACUGUGUUGAUCGCUGCCAGCAGUAUGGAUGACAUCGUGGCUAUCACAGGGUUCAACACAUUCUUGAACCUCAUCUUCUCCCAAGGUAGCAUACUUCAUAAUGUGCUAUCAACUUUAUGGGACGUACUUGUUGGUGUGCUGGUAGGAGUUGUUUUGGGAGUUUUUAUUCAGUAUUUUCCAAGUGAAGAUCAGGAAAAAGUGCCAAUGAAGAGAGCAUUCCUUAUUCUGAGUAUGGCUGUUUCUGCUGUGUUAGGCAGCCAGAAAAUUGGUUUACACGGAGCUGGAGGAUUGUUCACGCUAGUGUUGUCUUUCACAGCAGGGUUAAAAUGGGCCAAGGAGAAGACUAGAGUCCAAAAACUCAUUACAAAAGUAUGGAAUAUUUUUGAACCUCUUCUUUUUGGCUUAGUUGGAUCAGAAGUAUCUGUUUCUUCCCUUGAGUCAAAUACUAUUGGCACUUGUGUCCUUACCGUGUGUUUGGCAGUACUUGUCCGAAUUUUAGUCACAUUUGCAUUAAUGUGUUUUGCUGGUUUUACUUUUAAGGAGAAAAUAUUUAUUGCUCUAUCAUGGGUGCCCAAAGCAACAGUCCAGGCUGUCCUAGGUCCCCUGGCUUUGGAGACAGCACGGCUCAUGGCACCCCACUUGGUGCCAUACUCGAAGGAUGUGAUGACAGUGGCGUUUUUAGCCAUCCUGAUCACAGCCCCAAAUGGAGCCCUUUUCAUCGGCAUCCUGGGGCCCAGGAUCCUCACACGCCACUCUAACCCGAGCAAGAUGAAGCUGGACCUGCCAGGACUCAGGGGCCACUGAAGGUCAUGGGCAUAUUGCACCUGCUGGUCUUAAUGACUUCUCUUACAAGACAGGGAAUGGUUACACGUGCACACAGGUUGUACCCAGGACCCAGGACUCACCACAUUCCUGGCUUAUCUGCAGGAAUGUCGUCUGGUUUAUUGCUUCCAAACUAGAUUUGAUAAAGCAUUAAAAAAAAAAAAUGCUCAGUGCUUCCAUAGCUCAAGAACAAAGCAAAUCUGUACAUAUAUUAGGAAAGUUCAGUUAGGCUGAAUUUGAUGUCAAACCAAGCAUAAUAAAAAUUAAAUGAGCCAAAUGAUACAGAGAAACACACUUGACUAUCGAACCUGGUAAGAAGCCUGAGUUUCCAAAUGGGAGGAGGAGAACUCCCAUCCCCUUAGUUCACGUCAAAAAAUGAUCCAAAAAAAAAAGAGUUGACAGGACUAAAGCAAUCAACUUUAAAUGGGUCAGCUAAAAUUUUGAAGUU